UGUUUCAACAGGUGUUGACUAAGCAAGCAAAAGCAGUUGGCUCAAUUAAAUUCAGCCUGACACUUCUUCCUGGAAGAAACCAGCUGGAAUAGUUUGUGUUUUAAUUCUUUAAGUGUAGCUUUAAAGGGGCAGGAAGAUGUCAAGGAAAUGUGCUCAGUAACUUUCCUGCGGGAGAUACAUUGGUUCAGAAGACCGUGCUGCCAGAGGGUUAUCUCAGAGCCUGAGAGCGUGGAAUCUGUGACAAGGAGGAAAGGGGAAAAGAAUGAAGAAACUAAACGAAUCGUGCUGUCGAACUUGCCCUUCGAAACCAGGUGGAAAGAAAAUCCAAACAGACAUUAUGCAGGCAACAAAAUCAAGACCACCAGAUACACAUUCUUGUCUUUUAUCCCUAAAAAUGUUUUUGAGCAGUUUCACCGCUUUGCCAACAUAUAUUUUGUGGCCAUCGUUGUUCUUAAUUUUGUGCCGGUAGUCAAUGUUUUUGAGCCAGGAAUAUCUGUGUUGCCCGUCUGUGUUAUAAUGGCCAUCACUGCUCUUAAAGAUGCUUGGGAAGACUUCCGGAGAUACAAGCUGGACAAGGAGAUCAAUGGCAUGGACUGCUUGGUAUACAGCAGGAGCCAAAACACCUACAUUGAGAAGUGCUGGAAAGAUGUUCAAGUGGGAGACUUUGUGCAGCUGCAGUGCAAUGAGGUCAUUCCUGCUGAUAUUCUGCUGCUCUAUUCCUCUGAUCAGAACAGGACCUGUUAUUUGGAGACAGCAAAUCUGGACGGCGAGACCAACCUUAAACAAAGACAAGUUGUGAAAGGCUUCUCCCAUCAGAAUACAGAAUUUGAUCCAGAAUUAUUCCAAAAUAUCAUUAUUUGUGAAAAACCUAACAACGAUCUCAAUAGAUUUACAGGCUAUAUGGAACAGCCUGAUUGCACACGAAUUGGACUUGACAAUGAAAGCCUUCUUCUUCGUGGUUGCAUAAUAAGGAAUACAGAGGUUGCGAUAGGAAUUGUUAUCUACGCAGGCCACGAAACUAAAGCUAUGUUGAAUAACAGAGGUCCUCGUUAUAAACGCAGCAAGAUAGAACAACAGAUGAACAUGGAUAUAUUUUUCUGUGUGGGACUGCUCUUCGUCAUGUGUCUCAUUGGAGCAUUAGGUCAAAGUAUUUGGAAUGGAAGUUUUCUCACCCAUCCCUUAUUUAUCAUCCCAGACAUAAAUGGCAACUAUCUUGCUCCAGCUCUUGCAGGUUUCUACACAUUCCUGACAAUGAUCAUCCUUUUACAGAUCUUAAUUCCUAUCUCCCUCUAUAUAUCGAUUGAACUAGUGAAGUUGGGCCAAGUUUUCUUAAUUCAUAAUGAUAUUGACUUGUAUAAUGAAGAGCAAGAUUCGCCCAUUCAGUGCCGAGCACUCAAUAUCACUGAAGACCUGGGACAAGUUCAGUAUGUCUUCUCUGACAAAACAGGGACACUGACGGAGAACAAGAUGGUAUUUCGAAGAUGUACAAUCAAUGGGAAAGAAUUUUCACAUCAGGAAAAUGCUAAACGGUUGGAUUCAUACAAGGAAAUUGAUUCAGAGAAUGAAAACUGGAAAAAACAUUUGAGCCUCCCUUCCAAAGUUGGAGAAACAACCGCAGUAACACAGAGAAACAAUGCGAGGUCUUUGCAAAGAUGUCAUAGUGCUCGGCCCCAUUUUCAGGGACAUGCAAGAAAGAAAUAUCAGGGUCUCUGGGGAAUUGCUCCAUCUCAGGUGGCAUUUAGUAGCACCCUUGAGAAAGAUGUGACCCCUGACAACAAGCUGCUGAUGAAAAUGAAGAACCUCUCAUGCCCACCUGAAUCUUUGAAAUCCUUUACCGCUGGAGAAACCACAUCUUUCAUCACAGACUUCUUUCUUGCUCUGACCCUCUGCAACACGGUAGUGGUCUCUACAGCAACUGAACCAAGGCAAAGGGUUACGACUCCAUCACUGAUGAAGCAGUCAGGACUCUCCCUGGAGAAAAUUCACCAGCUGUUCCAGUGGCUGAAAUUGGCAAGCCUCAGCCAGACAUCAGUUCAAUCGAGUUCAGACUUAGGAGAGAGUAUUAACACAGAGAGCAGCACUGCCUCUGCGGGAUCAAAAAUGAAAGACGAAUGUCCUACUCAAAGCUGUUCCAGCUUAACGGAUGAUGAGAGUCUUAGAAGGGAGUCCUUCAGUGAGAAUGACCUCUGUGGGGUUUCAGAUCCCUCUCCAAAUGAGAUGAACUUUGCAAGCAGAGACCAUGGGCCUUUGCAGGGAGAAUUUUGUUAUGAGGCGGAAAGUCCAGAUGAAGCAGCUCUAGUCCACGCAGCCCAUGCCUACCAGUUUACCUUAGUCUCCAGAACUCCUGAACAGGUGACUAUAAGGCUGCCGGAAGGGACUCUUCUGACCUUUGACCUCUUGUUCACCUUGGGAUUUGAUUCCAGCAGGAAGAGGAUGUCGGUGGUAGUAAGGCAUCCCCUCACCAAAGAAAUCAUAGUCUAUACCAAAGGGGCAGACUCCGCCAUAAUGGAUGUAUUGGAAAACCCUACCAAAGCUAGUGUGGCCAUGGGAAAAAGGAUAAGAGUGAGAACACAAACACAAAAACAUUUAGAUUGGUACGCACGUGACGGUCUGAGAACUCUCUGCAUAGCAAAGAAGAUUUUAAGUGAAGAGGAAUUUCGAAAAUGGCUCAACUUUCAUCAUGAGGCAGAAAUAGCUAUUGACAACAGAGAUGAACUUUUGAUGGAAGCAGCACAACAUCUGGAAAGUAAACUCACCUUAUUAGGAGCAACAGGGAUUGAAGACCGAUUGCAAGAAGGAGUGCCUGAUACCAUUGCUGCCUUCAAAGAAGCUGGAAUCCAAACAUGGGUAUUAACCGGAGAUAAGCAGGAAACAGCGGUCAACAUUGCCUAUUCUUGCAAACUUCUAGACCAAAGAGACACUGUCUUUACCAUUAAUACAGAAAGUAAGGAAACUUGUGAAUCACUGCUGGAUAUCAUGUUGGAAGAGGUGCAGAAGGGUCGAGUAAUUCCUAGAAAAAUAUGGAGUAUUUUUGGCUUUAAGCUGCCAUUUUCUUGGUCAGCCACAGGACUUCCAAAUCCAAUUAUUGGACUAGUAGUUGAUGGAAGAGCUCUGAAUACUAUUUUCCAAGGAAAACUUGAGCAUAAGUUUCUUCAGCUUACAAAAUACAGCCACUCAGUUUUGUGCUGCCGAUGCACUCCCUUGCAGAAAAGCAUGGUGGUCAAACUUGUACGGAAUCAGCUGAAAGUGUUGACCCUUGCAGUAGGUGAUGGCGCAAAUGAUGUAGGUAUGCUCCAGGCAGCUGAUAUUGGAAUUGGCAUUUCUGGACAAGAAGGUAUGCAGGCUGUCAUGGCCAGUGAUUUUUCAGUAUCUCAGUUUAAACACCUCAAGAAGUUACUUCUAGUCCAUGGACACUGGUGCUAUUCUCGCUUGGGAAAGAUGGUGCUAUACUUUUUCUAUAAAAAUGUGACCUAUGUCAACCUUCUCUUCUGGUACCAGUUCUUCUGUGCUUUCUCUGGGGCUUCUAUGAUAGACUACUGGCAAAUGAUAUUUUUCAACUUGUUUUUUACAUCUAUACCACCAUUAAUUUCUGGAAUUCUGGAUAAAGACAUUUCUGCAGAAACCCUAUUGAACAUUCCUGCGCUUUAUAAAAGUGGACAAAAUUCAGAGAUUUACAAACCUCUAACGUUUUGCCUUGCUAUCUUGGAUGCCUUCUACCAGAGUCUUAUUUGCUUCUUCAUCCCUUAUCUAGUAUACCAGGAUUCUGAUACUGAUAUUUUCGCUUUUGGAACAGUAGUUAACACUGGUGCCCUUCUUACUAUUCUUUUUCAUCAAGCUUUAGAAAUUCAGAACUGGACCCUGUUCCAUGGGAUUGCAAUAAUUGGGAGCAUUUUGCUGUACUUCAUUUUCUCAUCCAUCUACAAUGCAACCUGUGUCCUUUGUAACCAUCCCACAAAUCCCUACUGGAUUAUGGAGAUGGAAUUUUCAGAGCCAAGCUUUUAUUUCACAAUCAUUAUUACACCAGUCGUAGCACUUCUCCCAAGAUAUCUUAUAUUGGCUUUGCAAGGGACAUUCAAGAUAUCUUGCAUCCUGAAAGCACAACAACUAGAGAAGUUGCCAAAAGAACAACAGGACUGGGAAAUACAGAAAUGGAAGCUGAUAAAAGAAGGCCCAGCAAUCCACAGUAAUGAUCCUAGUCAACUCAGUGGAAAUAUUUGUGAUCAUGCAACACUUGGGCUUCCUGAGACCAGUGUUCUUCAGGGCCUCGGGCCUCUGCAGAAAGAAAUGCUUGAAGAAAAGACUUUGAAUGAGGAAGCCAAGGACAAUGCCAAAAGAUGCAUCCAGGAAGAGACUGGACAACUUACAGCUGUGGAACCAUUUACUGGCCAAAUCCCCCAGAACAGUGAAAGUUCUGCUGAGCGAAGCCAUCGGAGGUCCGUGAGUGCAGUGACUUUGUGAAGAAGGCACAGCUUUCAAAGGGGAAAAGUAAAAACUCUCCAUGAAUAAAGGCAAUGGAAGGAAAAAUAGAAUUCCUUUUUUGUUACAUAGCAGCAAUGUCCCGAUGGAAGACUAAAAUAAAACUUCAUCACUAUACCGAGAAACUGUGUUUUGACUGUACAGUGCAAGACAUCUUGGAUGCAUAUGGCUAUAUAUUUCUUGUGGGGGGGAAAGGGUUCAAAUAGCUUGGAGGACAAUUGCACAAGAUUUCCUUUGUGGGGACUUGAAAAUAGACAAUAUUUGUGGGGAAGGGCUGUUUCUUUUUACCAAUGAAAUUUCAGAAUCAUGCUACAUUUCUGCCUUACUGAUGAAUACGAGUUAAAACUUCAACAUCUUAGAGUAAAGUGGUCAUGUUUAAAGAUAUAAAGAAAUAAGCCAUUAAUCUGGAUAUUUUAAGUGGGAAUCCAAACUGUUUUGAGGGAAGGGUUUGUAAAGAAAUCUGAAAUAUACUGUAUGUACAUGUGUAAUAUAUGUUGCAUAUAUGUGUAUGUGAAAGACUGCACAUGCCAAGUUGUUCUUCAUUGGUCAAACAGUUGUUUAGUUCUUUUAGGUAACUAGCAACCUUAUUCCAUAUUUGGAAGUAAUGCUUGUUGAUUUCUGAGGAAUUCUCAUCCAAGAUAUAUAUUUUAAGAGCUUUACCUCUUCUUUGAAUGGGAUGCUGAGGAAGGUAGAUGGACUGUCGAUCAGGGGUCUAGGAAGCAAAGAGAAUUCCUAGGAAGAGAGUUGUGAAGGAAGGAACCAAGGAAAGGUAAAUCUUAUGAAGAGAGACUGAAGGAAGGAACCAAGCCGGUUCAGCCUUGAGAAGACUGAAAGGGACAUAAUAGCACUGUUUGAACAGCUAAAAGAAAGUUACACCAAGCAGGGACGGGUUUCAAAACCUGUCGCUACCGGUUUGCUCAUGGGCGUGCAUGCACUUAUGUGCGUGCGCACCGCUUCUGCGCGGAGCCUCCCCCACUGCCACUACCAGUUUGCCCCGAUCCAGGGCGAACCUGUAGCAACCCAUCAUUGCACCAAAGGAAGUCCAGACCUGUUCUCUAUCACCUGGAAUUAUGAAUUUAAUCUGUGAGAAGGCAAUUUUGGUUGAAUGUUACAAGAAAAAGAAUUCCUAACAGUAAGAGCUUUUCAAUGUGGGGAGGGGAAGAAGAGAUACAUCCUUACUCUAAACGUGUCAAAGCAGGACAUGCUUUCAUUCCCCACACUGAAUAAAGGUUAGGUUACAUAUUCCAAACAACCCUAUUGUCUGGAUUCAUAAGAAUGACAGCUGACUUCUCAGACUGGGAAUACUCAUACUGUCAUCUCAAGCAGGAUCAGUACCAGAGGCAUGACUUCUGUCACAUAAAGAAAAAACAUGUGCCCCAGCCUCUUCUUCUCCUUCUUAAGAAAAAGCCUGUUUUUUAAAAUAAUAAUAAUAGGAAAAUGGAGAAAGCUGCUGCAAGAGUUCUGAUAAAAGGUUGGAAUUCCCAGGCUAGAGAAAGUCCAGAUAAAAACAGAGCACUUUACUUUGGGAUUCUGAAUACCCCUAAGCAAAAAAGAAAACAUUUAAGCAAAAACUGUAUUGAUUGUUAAUUUAUUCUGUCUGUGUCUGUCUAAGUCGAAUAUUAUUUAUAUAUCUGCCCAAGUUCACAAAUUCAGCAAGUUGUGUUAAGAUCAAAUUUUUCCCUUGCUGAAAAAUUCUCUGAGCUUGGUAAAAACUCAGAGCCUGGUGAGUUUAUAAUAUAGUAAUACAUUGCUGUAAUUCCCUUUUAAAGUUAUUGCUGUCCAAUAAUUUGAGAAUUUGUGACUUUACCUCUUUCAAAAUGUUAACAUUUAAAAAGAAAUUACAGUUAUUAUCAUUUUUUUAAAAUAAACUUUGCUUUUUGUUUA